AUGAUCUACGUCUUUAAUCGCAACGGCUGCAUCUUCUACCGGGAAUGGUAUCGUCCGAACCCGCCGAACACGGACGACCACAAGCUCAUGUUCGGGCUCGUCUUCUCCCUCCGCUCCUUCACCGCCAAAAUGGAUCCCAUCAAUGGUGCAUCAGGCGAUGGCUGCUCCUUCCAUUCCUUCCGAACCAACACUUACAAGCUGAACUACCUUGAGACCCCCUCAGGCAUUAAGAUAAUACUAGUAACUGAUCCGAAGAUGAGCGACCUCCGGGAUGCUUUGAAGCACAUAUACACCAACAUAUACGUUGAAUACGUCAUUAAGAACCCUCUUUAUGUGCCAGGCGAACCUUUCAGAUGCGAGUUGUUCAUAAAGACUAUCGAACAUGCGAAGAAGCAUCGAGCAGAGCCAGUGGUGUUGUCGGUAUUGAGAGAGAACCUCGGCAAUGCGCACAACUCGGUCACUCUCUUCCCAGCGCGCGGCGCCAUGAGCCACGACCGCCUUGUGUACUCGGGAGACCUGUCAGCCGAAGACUUCAGAGCUGUUAAACAGAUUCGCCCCCUAUUGCGCCUGGAGUAUCUCCGAGGUCAAAAUGCGGCGAACAUCAGGCACGGUUUGACGGGAGAGGUUCUUAUGAUGGUGGUGACAGAGGCGAGUGACGGCGAGUGGAACCAAAGGCCAGGAUUGAGUUUCAGGUGUGGGCUGGAGACCGAGGCUCGAGUGUACAGCAAUGGGCUGCCAGUAGGAAUCAACAUCUCCAGCAACUACCUCGCGAUCUCCCCACCCCCAGUCCAGCAAGAUGGGUCUAAUUUUGACUUUGGUCCAUCCAUGGUCGAAUUGGUGAAGACAUGGGAAAAUCGAGCUCUGGUGCUGUCGCACAGGGAGCCUGGUGGCUAUCCUGGGGCUAAAGUAGCUGCUUUCACUAAAGUGGGGGGUCACCGGGUCAAGCGAUGUGGCGAGAUGUCUCGCAAGCUGCGGUAUCUGAAAGAACAGUCGCUGAAGGCCGGGAUUCUCCCUACCCAACCUCGGACGCUCGACAAGGAUCUCGACCUGGAUGAUCUCGAGCUGAAGUUGAACGAUCUGGAGGCUGAGCUCCUGGAGAUCAACGGCAACGCGGAGAAGCUGCUCAAGACGCGCAACGAGCUCACGGAGCUCAAGCUCGUUUUGGAAAAGGCGGGGUCGUUUUUCGCGAGCGCCCAGAUGGGCGCGGCGGACUAUCAGCGGGAGAUCGUGCGCGUGUCGUCCAUCCGCGAGAGCGCAUCCAUGGACAGCCCUCUCCUGCUCGAGCAGGAGAUGGCGUCGGACUCGAGCAAGCGGCUGGGCUUCGUGACGGGGCUGGUGCCGCUAAGCAAGGUCGUGACGUUCGAGCGGCUGCUGUUCCGCGCCACGCGCGGCAACAUGUUUCUCAAGCAGGAGGUCGUGGAUGAGCCCGUGCUCGACCCCGCUACUGGCGAGCAGGUGGAGAAGGUGGUGUUCGUGGUGUUUUUCUCGGGCGAUCGCGCGCGCACCAAGAUCAUGCGGAUCUGCGAGGCCUUCGGCGCCAACCGCUACCCCUUCCCCGAGGAGCCCGCGCGCCAGCGCCAGAUGCUCGCUGAGGUGCGCGGGCGGCUGGGGGAGCUGCAGACGGCGAUAGACGCGGGCAACCGCCACCGCGACAACGUGCUCAACAGCAUCAGCGUCUACGUCGACCGCUGGACCUCGCUGGUGCGCAACGAGAAGGCAGUGUACCACGUGCUCAACCAGCUCUCCAUCGACGUCACGCGCAAGUGCCUCGUGGCGGAGGCCUGGUGCCCCACCUCCGCGCUCGUCAAGGUGCAGGAGGCGUUGGAGCGGGGCAUGGCGGCGAGCAACGCAGCAGUGAGCACCAUCUUCCACACUCUGCGCUCCCGUGAGGCACCGCCCACCUUCUUCCGCACCAACAAGUUCACCUCCGCCUUCCAGGCCAUUGUUGACGCCUACGGAGUGGCGCGGUACCAGGAGGCGAAUCCGGGAGUGUUCUCCAUCAUGACGUUCCCCUUCCUCUUCGCCAUCAUGUUUGGCGACUGGGGCCACGGCGCCCUCAUGCUGCUCGCCUCGCUCUACCUCGUGCUCAACGAGAAGAAGCUCGGCUCCCAGAAGCUGGACGACAUCACAGAGAUGGCGUUUGGAGGGCGCUACGUGAUUCUGCUCAUGUCCAUCUUCUCCAUCUACACUGGCUUCAUCUACAACGAGUUCUUCUCCCUCGCCUUUGACUUCUCCCUCUUUGGCGGCACCGCCUACCACUGCCGCACGCCCGACUGCCAUGACUCGGGCACAGCAGGGCUGGUGAAGGACGGGGCGACGUACCUGUUUGGAGUGGACCCGGCGUGGAAGGGGUCGCGCACGGAGCUGCCGUUCCUCAACUCGCUCAAGAUGAAGAUGAGCAUCAUCCUCGGCGUCACUCAGAUGUUUGCCGGCAUCAUCCUCUCCUUCUUCAAUGCCCAGUUCUUCAAGAAGCCCCUCAACAUCUGGUACGAGUUCAUCCCGCAGAUGCUCUUCCUGGGCUCGCUCUUCGGCUACCUCUCCAUGCUCAUCAUCCUCAAGUGGGUCACGGGCUCCCAGGCGGACCUGUACCACGUCAUGAUCUACAUGUUCCUCAACCCCGUCGAGCCGCUGGGGGACAACGAGCUGUUCUACGGCCAGGGCACCGUGCAGAUUGUGCUGCUCUUCAUCGCGCUCAUUGCUGUGCCGUGGAUGCUGCUGCCCAAGCCCCUCAUCCUCCGCGCCCAGCACAUCCAGAAGAUGGCAGGGCGCACGUACCACGCGCUGCCAGGCAGCGAGGGCGAGGCAGGGGCGAACGGGGAGGAGGGAGAGGGCGAGGAGGAGGAGUUUGAGUUCGGGGAGGUGAUGGUGCACCAGAUGAUUCACUGCAUCGAGUUUGUGCUCGGGGCCGUCUCCAACACUGCAUCCUACCUGCGUCUCUGGGCGCUCAGCCUGGCGCACGCGCAGCUCUCAGCGGUCUUCUACGAGCGAGUCUUGGAACCCGCCCUCGC